GUUGAACUAACUUAUUUAUUUUUCUGAAACUUGGGGAUGUUUAUUUAUUUUCAUUCCUCUAAGUGUUUUAUUUCCCCAUGAGAGUCGAAGCGAGAACGUCAUUAAAAAGAAUGGAAGAUCCAAGCAAACAGACUUCCUCAUUUGGCAGUGGAGCUCAACGAGGUCCCCAUCCCAGGCCUUUUUUCUAUGUUCAGCCACCUUCUCAGCCUUAUUAUCUCUACCAGCCCUGGCACUUUACAAACCCAUACAACCACUUUGGGCUGCCUGCAGGUUUUAACUUUGGCCGGCCUAGCUUGCCUCCUUAUCCCUAUGUGCCGUACCCUGGCUUUGUUUUACCACAUGCUCCCAUACAUCCCAUGGAUUACAGGCGGAUGUUUGAACCCAGAUACCAGGCCUGGGGCGAUCUGCCUCGCCAACCGUACAAUCCACAGCCUCAGGGGCGGCGUGAGACUGCCUGUUCUGGGGCUCAGACCGACCCCAGUGAUGCGAUUAGUAAGCUCAUAGAGUGCCUGGAUAAAAUCCGAGCCACAGAGCUUCAGAGCGGCGACAGAGAGCUAGACUCUGGAGUUGGCUCCCAAUCCUUUGGCAUCUUUUCUGCUGUAGAGGAAAAGAAAACUAGAGAGCAGGAUCAGGCUCCUCUCCCCCAUCGCAGCUGUUUAGAUUCCCCAGGCAUGACCUCAAGUGACUCCAGGGCAGCGGUUUACGACAGCGAGUCCAGCAGAGUUAUUUUGGACCCUUUGAGCCCUGAGGGAGGCUGGAUGGGAAGACUGGAGGAGGAGCUGCCUCUGGACAGUUCUUCUGUCCAUGAGGAAUGCCCCCAUCAGCCGGUACCAGGCGAACACUUUCUCUCUCAUGAGACUGAAGAAGUCUCGGAUAUUCAGUCAAAUGUCUUGGUGACUGAUUCAAGUGCUCAAACACGUGAUGCGGAGAAGGACCAGAAAACCGUACCCUCAAUUCCCUCCAAUCAGCUUGGGCUGUCAGAAGCUCAUAAUGGUGAUGGACCUUCUUCUGUCUUAAUGGCAGAAGGUGAUAUGACGACCUGCUCUCCAACCAAAACUGAUGAAAGUUACCAGAUCCCCACACUCCCCGUUGAUGAUGUUUUGAGAACUGCAGAACCUUACUACUGCAAUUACCUCCCCAUGCAGACUACUCAUGAGCGCAUGAGCGUCCUCAGUCCGUCUUUAGAUGAACUCUCUUCCAGGGAUGAAAUGUUUUCUACAGAUCUAGAUGACGCGGAUCUCUACCCAAAGCAUGUCUACCCUGGUCGAAGACUUUCAGCGGUUGUUGGUGGGUCUCCAACUGCAUACGAUGAAGAGGAUUCAUGGUUGCCAAAGAGGGUUGUCUGUGCUUGUUGUGGGAAGAAGCUGGAACAAGGGACAAGCAGGAGAAAGGUCCAUAGCUCCAAGGUGUAUCACGAUGAAGCUGGAGACUCUGAAGAGGAGGGCAAAUAUGGAAGAGGGUGUGACGAGCCAAUCAGAGUGGUGGUUAGGAAGCACUCUGGACCCAGGAAGGCUCAACCUGUCCACAGACACGCAGCUAAACCUCGCUACAUUAAAGGUCAGUACAAAGAGCUGUCUGAGCCAAUGAAGCAGGAGGACAGUCAUAAAGAGUGUCACCAGGCACCUGCUCAAGCAGAAACGGAAGAGUUGGAGCUGCAGUGUCGAACAUGUCUGGAUGGGCAGUGCAGAGCAGACCUGACGACAGGCCAGGGCCGAUGGACGGACGGAGACGUGGUUCCCCGCAGAAGACAUACCGUCCCUUUGCAGCGAGAAAUGAGCCCUCAGUGGAGACCGAUGUACCACAGGCCUAGAGAUGAUCAGGAAGAUGACGAGGUGCAUGCUUUAAGUUGGGAAAGAGGCUCCACAGUGCGAGGAGAACUGAGAUGACGUUUUCCUUGACUGAGUUUUGAACAAAAUGCGUUGUACUGUCCCCCUUAAAGGUGUACGGGAUGAGGGAUAACUAGAUUGGAGCACUAGGUGAAUUGCACUCCACAAGCAGCAUAGUUCUAUAAAAGGAAAAAAAAAAUCUGCAGUGACACUGCCUUUCACUUCUUGAUCUCACAAAUGGGCUUGAAGGUUAUUGUAGAUUCCACUGU